AAGGAAACUCCCACAGGGAAAGGCUUAAAAGCGCUUCAGGAAGGUUGAGACAUUUCUUAGGCAGUGACGGUGAGUCAAAAAGGAGAGAGGGAAAGAGACAGAAUUGCUGGUGGUACAACCAGGUCUUAACUGACAUCAGGAUGAAUUCUAGCCACGGCUUCUACCACUUUUCCUCUGGCUCCCUCGGAGAUGCUGCAGGAUGCACCUUCCAUCAUAUAGGAGAUUCCUACGGAACUUGCAGUUUCCAUGGAGCAAGCAGCGGUGUUCCCAUGCCUGUGUCAUAUGGAGGCCCCAUCUGGCUGGCCUGUAAUGCUGGGACAAGCUGGGGAGCCUUCAGGGGGAGCCAAGGAAACCUCUUCAUGGGAGGGAGCGAAAAGCAGACCAUGCAGGACCUGAAUGGCCGCUUGGCUGCCUACUUGGAAAAAGUACAAUCUUUGGAGGAAGCCAACACACAGCUGGAGGACUGCAUCCAGGAAUGGCACCAGAAGAGGUCUCACAGCACCAAGCAGGACUUCAAGGAUUACGAGCAAAACAUCUUAGACAUGCACGAGCGGAUUGAGACUGGACGGAUUACCAAUGCAGGCCUUGUUCUACAGAUUGACAAUGCCAAGAUGGCGACAGAGGACUUCAGGCUCAAGUAUGAGGCUGAAAAAGCCCUCCGGCAAAGUGUGCAAAACGAUGUUGAAAACAUCCGUAAGGAGCUGGACAACAUGACCAUCAUAAUAACUGACCUGGAAAUGGAAAUUGAAGCUCUGCGAGAAGAUCACAUACUUAAAAAAAAAGAACAUGAGGCAAAUAUGCAAGCACAUGGCUCAUCCGAAGACUUCAAAGUGAAUGUGAAGGUGAACAAAACUCCACAAGAAGAUUUGGCCAAGAUCCUGGCAGGGAUAAGAGCAGAUUAUGAAGCAAUAAUUGAAAAAAACCACCGAAGUCUUGAUUCUUGGUUCCAACAACAGAUUGGAAAUGAACCUUCAGAGGGGCAACACAACCAGGAAGAACUACAAAACAGCCAGAAAGAAAUCAGUGAGUUGAAUCGCACACUGCAAACCCUGGAAAUUGAUUUCCAGACAGAACUAAAUAAGAAAUUCGCCUUAGAAAACAAUUUGGCAGAAACCAAGUCUCGCUAUACUUUCCAGCUUCAAAGUAUUCAAAACCUCAUCUCUAAAUGUGAAGAAGAGCUCAGCAAGUUUCGGCAUGAUAUCAAGUGUCAAAAUAAUCAAUACAAGGUCCUCUUUGGAAUAAAAACACGUCUGGAGAGGGAAAUUUCUACUUAUCGCCAGCUUCUGGAUGGGGAUGUUGAUGGGAAGACCGGCGCAAGCUUUAGAGAACACGGAUCAAGCAAUCAGAACCUAAAGAAAAUUGUGCAAGAGACUGUGGAUGGAGAGGUAGUCUCUACACAUACCACUGAGAUCAAACGGCACACAUGAUUUCCAACAUGAAGGAAAAAUCAUUUAUCUGUGGAACGUAUUCAGAUUUGACUAUUUAAUGAGAAGAGUUCUAUUCCUUAUAGGCAGUGUACAGUAUGUAUGCAUUCUUUGGGGCUCCUGAAUUCUUUUUCUCAAUCUGUCAUCCAUAUGUAAUUUAAUUUAAUAUGAAUGCAAAUAAUUUAGCAUCUUCUGUUGUAUCUUACUUCUUUAAAACCUCAAGAUAAAUAAAAGUAUCAUUAAUUUAUUCUGGUUCCCAACAA